CCCCCAGGGCAUCGGGUGCUACAUGUUCCGCAUCGACGAGGCGGAGGUGGUGGACGCCACCAUGCACGGCAGCGCCGCGCGCUUCAUCAACCACUCGUGCGAGCCCAACUGCUACUCGCGCGUCAUCCACGUGGAGGGCCACAAGCGCAUCGUCAUCUUCGCCCUGCGCCGCAUCCUGCGCGGCGAGGAGCUCACCUACGACUACAAGUUCCCCAUCGAGGAGCCGGCGGCCAAGCUGCCCUGCAACUGCGGCGCCCGCCGCUGCCGGCGCUUCCUCAACUGAUUUACCCCUCCUUCUGGUCCUCCUGAUCCUCCUGCCUGUCCUGGGGGGUCUGGGGGUGAAGAUUUGGGGGUCACAAGAGUGAAGAUUUGGAGGGCUCAAGAGUGGAAAUUUGGGGGUCUCGAGAGUGGAGAUUUGGGGGGUCUUGAGAGUGAAGAUUUGAGAGUGAAGAUUUGAAGGUCUCAAGAGUGAAGAUUUGGAAGGCUCAAGAGUGGAGAUUUGGGGGUCUGGAGGGUGGAGAUUUGGAGGUCUCAAGAGUGGAGAUUUGGGGGUCUGGAGGGUGGAGAUUUGGAGGUCUCAAGAGUGAAGAUUUGAAGCUCUCAAGAGUGGAGA